AUAAAGAGAGAGAGAGAUAACAGGAGGGAUGAGGGAGAGCUUGAGGCACGACGCGUUGUGGUUGGUCAUUCCUUCGCCAUGGGUCCCUUCGUCAACGUCUUCGUGGCGUCGCUGCUCCUCCUACAGGGCAGCGCUGGCAUGACCUUGUACGAGUAUUAUGUUCCUAGUGGCGUGGUGGAGGCGCCCUUGGUAGCUGAGGGGGACACUUUUACUCUCAAUAACAAGGACAUUCUCAUCCUCUCCGGCGCCUUUCACUACUUCCGUGUCCAUCCCGCCUACUGGAGGGACACUUUACGCAAGCUUAGGGCUGCUGGGCUCAACGCUGUGGAGACGUAUGUACCAUGGAACUUACAUGAGCCGCGUCAAGGUGUGUACGACUUUGGAGACCUAGGAGAGAGCAUGUCGCCUUUCCUUGACGUGAGAUCCUUCGUCCAGAUGGCGCAGGAGGAAGACCUCUUCGUCAUCCUUAGACCAGGACCCUACAUCUGUUCCGAGUGGGAUUUUGGUGGCAUGCCCAGUUUCCUCCUCC